AUGGACGGUUUCUCUCCUGCAGCGGAAAUAAUAUCCCAGCCGCCGUUGACCUGGCGAAUAUCGCUAUUCAUCAUCCUCGCCGUCGUCGACAUCGGCUUCAAUGCCGCAGCUGGCGCAGCUGCCGCCGCGACCGGCGCCCACGUGAACUCGCAAUCCGACUCCAAGACCGCGCACGAUGUCGUCAAUCUCUCGCGUGCAGUGGGGCUUGGGGCGCUGGCGGGACUGUUGAAGUCGGGCAUUCUUGCGCUUGUCAACUUUGGCAAGCAAUUUGGCGGCAUGAACCUAGGAAUGUGGUUGAUUCUAGCGCUGGUUGCGAGUUCGUUUGGUAUCUGCGUCGUGGUGACGAGUGCAGUUUCGAGUUUGGCGCUGGGAGAAGUACCCGGAGGAUUGCUCAUUGCAGCGAUUGUCACCGCGAUACCUUUAGCUGGAGAAAUGGCCGGGGUCCAGCUGGCUCCUGACUCGCAUAUCUUCGCCUUCACGCUGUUGGGCUGGGAUUCCCUUGCCGGAUAUGUAUUUGCUCGAAUGGCACAUAACGAAGGCACGUUGCAACCCCAAAUCCCCUUGGAAUACUAA